AUCUUACAACUUCUCUUUGUAAGACUAGUAAGAAGAGGCUUUAGGGUUUCUCAAGAAACCCAUAAAGCUAUCUCCAUCUCUUCUCUUAUACUAUAUAUACAUAUUUAUAUUUAUACGUAAGUAUAUAUAGCUAGAUUAUCAAAAUGGAGAUUUUCGAUCUACAUCAUCCGUUGAUUCUGGUCUUUGGCAUCCUAGGUUAUAUAUAUACACAUAUACAAUAUCAAGUAUACUUGCCAUGAAUGAAAAAUUAACAUACAUAAACUAUAGAUACCAGACACGAGGUUUGAAAUGCAUGAUCCACCUUCUUGGAAUUAAAACAAUAUGUGUAACAUUGUGUCUACCGGUGUUUACUUUGCGCCACUGCCUACAUUUAUCCAAAUAUUCAAGCAAAAAUCCACAAUGGGGUUCCAGUCUUUGCCAUAUGUGGUGUCCCUGUUUAGCGCAUUGCUGUGGAUGUACUAUGCAUUUAUCAAAAAAGGCGAUACUUUCCUUCUAAUCACAAUUAACGCUCUUGGUUCGUUAGUUGAGUUUAUUUACGUCAUCAUUUUCUUGGUAUACGCUACACCUAGUGUCAAGAAGCAUACAAUUAUGGUUGUGAGUGCUACGAUGGCGUUGUGCAUUGUAAUAUCUCUAGGAUCGUUUUACUUCUUGGAAGGAGUGAGUCGGGCACUAGUUGUGGGUUGGAUUUGUGUUGGAGUUUCCGUUUGUGUUUUUGCAGCACCUCUUACCAUAGUGUUUCAAGUUGUGAAGACUAAAAGCAUCGAUUUCAUGCCAUUCCCAUUAUCAUGCUUCCUCACGUUAAGCGCCAUGAUGUGGUUUGCGUAUGGGAUGUUCACAUCCGACUUAUGCGUUACUGUUCCCAAUGUUCUAGGUUUCGUAUUGGGAAUAAUUCAGAUGUCGGUAUAUAAGUAUUACAAAGAAAAUAGAAGAAAGGUGCCAGACAUUCCAGAAGUGAAGGAGCUAGAACACAUAAUAAACAUAAAGACAUCCAAUUCGGAAGUAUACCCUGUGGAUUCUGGUCAGAGCAGCGGAACUGAAGCCGAAGAGGAAAAGAAUACAGCGAAGGGUGGUGGUGAAGUUAUUGAGCAUAAUAAGUGCAGGCCAAGGGCGACGGUGGACGUUGAAUCUUGUGGGGUGGAAGUAGUCACUAUCAGUGUGAAGCCUGUCCUCAUAAUAUGUGCAGCUUAAUUCUGCUUCUACAUAAAAUGGUUUAUAUCCAACUAUAUAUAUAUAUAUAAAAAUGGUCUUGAUCAUAUCCAUGUUGUAACACCAAUGUAUUGAGUGGGUCUAGAGUGAUAUUAAGUUACUCAGAAAUUGCAUAUUCCAG